AUGGAAGGAUCAGCUGAUGAAAAAUCGAUGUGUCUCCAUCGAGUGCGAAGGACCGCUGUGGGAAGAACGAGCCUGCUGUGUUUGCUGCUGUUCAUCGUCCAUCAAGCGGCGGCGCAGCUUAUAAUCAAUGUACAAAAUCAGGGAGGCGAAAUAGUACAAGAGACAAUAACGUCCAGCGUUGGAGAUGAAACUUGCACGUUGGAGUUUCAGCGAAGCGAUAGCACGCUGAUAACGAAACUGAUUGACUUCAAAAGUGAAGUGCAGGUGCUAAAAGCGCUCGUGCUUGGCGAGGAGGAACGAGGACAGAGCCAGUAUCAGGUGAUGUGCUUUGUGACCAAAUUCCAGAAAGGAGAUUUCAUCACUGCCGACGCGAUGGUAAAACUACGACAGAAAAAUCCCAGCACCAUCCGCACACCGGAGGAGGACCGAGGGAAGGAGAACUACACGAUGACCGGCUGGGUUUUGCUGGACCGAGCCACGCCAAUUUCUCGUCACGUGGCUCCGUUCUGCGUGGAAGCGCAAGAGGCAACAUACGUGCGCGACGUCGACCUGAAAGCGUGGGCCGAACUGCCAGGUUCAUCGAUAUCGAUACUGGAAUCGGCGGUGAAGCUGUUUCCAUCGACGAACAUGGUCACGACUCCGUCGCGGUGCAGCGACGUCAGCGCCAUCUGGGCACCGUGUCUGUGUACGCUCGAGAUGUGCAUCGGAUGGUACCCGUGCGGGCUAAAGUACUGCAAGGGCAAGCCGGAAAGUGCGCUCCAAAACAACGGUGGCGGUGGGAGCUACCGGUGUGGGAUCAAAACCUGCCGCAAGUGCCACCAGUUCUCGUACUACGUGCGCGAGAAGCAGCAGUGUCUGUGGGAUGAAUGA